AUGUCAUCCGCUGUAGCAGCCGCAAUGACGGCAGCCAGUGUAGCGUUUGGACAUGAGAAAGAAAUGAAAAGAAACAAGGAAAGAAGGAUCUUGCCAAAAAAUACUGCAUCUCCACGUAGCAAGAUACUUAAGCUACCAGAUAUCAGUAAACCACAUGUUUCUCUAGUGACACCCAGUGUUACUGGUGCCAAAAAUGAGACAAGCGGUAAACAUGGAAAAAUAGAGCGGAAUCCAUUUCAUAUGCCAUCUGACGUAGAGGUUUUCGCAAUGCGAGAAGAAGAUCGCCGUGUCAAAUUGGAGAUCAAAGAAGCAAUGAAAAAUCUCAGCAUCUACGAAAAGAAUACUGUAAAGCGCAAAAAUUUCAAAAACCUGCUAGCCGAAGAUACAGAUGAUGUAGAUUUUUACAAUGUCCUUCGAAAGCGGGAUGCAGAUAAAUUUCUAGUCAAUCGACAAACUCGAGCUGAUAGACACUUUGGAAAGGAGAAUCUGCAUGAUUUUAUUGCAAAGAAACGAGAAAUGUUUCUUGUUCAAUAUGCACUGGGUGUAAAGCGAGAAGAAAUGCGUAAACUAGAGGAAAUUGCACAGGCAGAAGAACAAAAGCUUUUGGACGAUGAAAAGGCACUCGAAGAAGACGCUGCUAAAUUUGAUGCAUUCUUGAAGGAGAACGACAAGAACUCUGUUGAAGCAAUCAAAAAGGCAGAAUUGGAAACAAAAGCCAAAAUUGAAAAAAUCCAAGAAAUCAAGAAACUCAACGUUCAAAUUAUGAGCAUUCGAAGCGAUAUGUCUAAAAAUGAGGAUCAACUUAAAGAUUUACAGAGAUAUCGACAGUUUCUUGAAAAACUUACCCCCAAGGAGUUUUUUGUCGCUCAGAAUAAUAAAAUAGAUCAAUCUACCAUACUGGAAAAGUCUGCACAAAAGACUUUAUUGGAUAAAUCUCAGAGUGACUCCAAUUACAUAUCAUCUAGAGAUAAUCCGCUUGCCCAAUCAAAAACCGGAAACUUGGGACCAAAUCACACUACGCCAUGUCCUUUGACAACACCCGCGACAGACCAAAACAACACCGUUUCAUCAGACGAAUUGGCCGACGAAGAGUUUUGGGAAAACGAUCAAGAGCCGGCAAUGUUUUUCAAAACUCCUGAGCAGCUACUUGAUAUAUUUUCUGAACUCGAGGAAAAUAAUUUGGCAUUGAUUCAGAAUUGUCAAGAAACAGAAGAAACAUUAGAAGAGCUCAAAACCAAGAUUGCCGAUACGUCUUUUAAAAUGGAAAACGAAACGGCGAGCUUAAACCAACAGAUUGAUUUUUUAAACGCAGCAAUCUCCAAAGAAGAAGAAAAAGCACAUAUGCUUGAGGAACGAUCCAGGCAAUUCACCACUGGGGUCGUUGGUGCAGAGCCACAAGAAAAACUGCUUGAGGACUUGAAUCACAAAGUCAAGGAAGUAUACCGCAGGUGUUUUGGAGAUAAUGAUGGAAAUUUGAGCACAUUACAGAUGCUUACUAGUAUCGAAAAUCGUCUCGAGCAGCUUUUUGAAUUUAUUGAACUGAUGCCCCCAGAAAAGGUUGAGCAGGCAGAAAAGGUUAAAGACAAGGAGAGACGUCAACGAUUACGUGAAGAAAAGAUGGAAGCUCAAAGAGUAUUGCAAGAAGAACGUGUCCAGCGUGCACUUGAAAGAGCUCGUGCACCAGUUAAAAAAAAGACUGGCAAACCAGUGGUAUUUCGAUCAGCACCUCCGCAAAAAAAGAAGAAAAAGGAAGAAGAUACAAAGAAAAAAGAAGAAGACGAUCUCGAGUAUUUUUGGAAUUGA